GAGAUUCAUUCUGCUUUUUGCUCUGUGCCCAUCCUCAGCACCACAUCUAUACAAUACCAGCAGGACCAUGUCUGUGUCUCGCCAAUCAACAUACUCUGUUUCAGGGAACAAAAAGGGCUUUAGUGCCUCUUCAGCUGUUGCACCUGGGGCAAGCCGAAACAGCUUCAGCUCAAUGUCUGUCUCUCGUUCUGGAGGUGGAGGUGGAGGUGCAUGUGCUAGCCGUGUCAGCUAUGGAGGGUUUGGCAGCAGAAGUCUCCACAGUUUAGGAGGAAAUAAAAGAAUUUCCCUCAGCUCUCAGUCCCGUGUAGGAUCUAACACUGGCUUUGGUUUUGGUGGAGGAGCUGGUAGUGGAGCAGGCUUUGGAGGAGGUGCAGGUUCUGGAUUUGGAAUCGGUCAAGGAUUUGGUGGAGGUGCUGGGUUCCCAGUGUGCCCACCUGGUGGUAUCCAGGAAGUUACUAUUAACCAGAGCCUUCUUGCUCCCCUCAAUCUGCAAAUUGACCCAACAAUUCAGAAAGUGCGCACAGAAGAAAGGGAACAAAUUAAGACUCUCAACAACAAAUUUGCUACUUUCAUUGACAAGGUCCGUUUCUUAGAACAACAAAACAAAGUAUUGGAAACAAAAUGGAAUCUUUUGCAAGAACAGGGAGUAAAAACCGUUAAAAGUAACAUUGAACCUCUAUUUGAAACCUACAUUAACACAUUGCGCAGACAACUAGACUCUCUUGUAAAUGACAAAUCCCGUCUGGAUUCAGAGUUAAGACAAAUGCAGGAUUCUGUAGAGGAAUUUAAACACAAGUAUGAAGAAGAAAUCAACAAGCGCACAGCAGCAGAAAAUGAAUUUGUGGUGCUUAAAAAGGAUGUGGAUGCUGCAUACAUGAACAAGGUUGAACUUGAAGCCAAGGUUGAUAGUCUGACAGAUGAGAUCAACUUCUUAAGGGCCCUUUAUGAAGCGGAAAUGAAUCAGAUGCACGCUCAGAUCUCUGACACAUCAGUCGUUCUGUCUAUGGACAACAACAGAGCUCUGGACUUGAAUGGAAUCAUCGCUGAGGUGAAGUGUCAGUAUGAGGAGAUUGCCAACAGAAGCCGAGCAGAAGCUGAAUCCUGGUACCAGACCAAAUAUGAGGAACUGCAGGUCUCAGCUGGAAGACAUGGAGAUGAUUUGAGGAAUACCAAGGCUGAAAUCUCUGAGCUGAACCGUAUGAUUAACAGACUACGCUCUGAAAUCGACAAUGUGAAGAAACAGUGUGCCAAACUACAGAGUGCUAUUGCUGAGGCAGAGGAACGUGGUGAGCUUGCAUUAAAGGAUGCCAAACAGAAGUUGAAUGAGCUAGAAGAUGCCCUGCAGAAGUCCAAACAGGACAUGGCUCGCCAGCUUCGUGAAUACCAAGAUUUGAUGAAUGUGAAACUGGCUCUUGAUAUUGAAAUUGCCACAUACAGAAAACUGCUGGAAGGAGAGGAGAGCAGGUUGUCAGGAGAAGGUGUGGGAGCUGUUAACAUCUCUGUAGUGAGCUCAAGCUCAAGCUAUGGUUCUGGUUAUGGAGUUGGAGGCGGCAGUGGAUUCGGUGGCGGCAGUGGAUUCGGUGGCGGUAGCGGAUACGGAGGAGGUAGCGGAUACGGCGUCAGCAAUGGUCAAGGAGGAGGAUAUGGAAUGGGAGGAGGAAACUUCAGUGCAAACAGUGGAAAAAUGGCAAACUUUGGCUCUGGAGGUGCAAGCAACUCAAGUGUAAAAAUUGUAUCAAAGACCUCUACAAGCUCCAGGAGAUAUUAAAUUACCCAAAGUGCCAUGUGUGGAUGAUAACAGGUGUCAAACCCCCCAAAAACCUAAAGAGUUAGCCAAAUAUAAAUGUUUGUGCAUUUACAGUGUUGAGGUUUACAAGCAUGCUUCAUGUAUUUGUAUUUUACUUCAUUCUUUCUGGAUCUGUUUCACUGGAGUAAACUAUAACAGGUCCAUUUGUUAUUGAAAGAAGCUGACAAAUUAAUCCAUAUAAUGUUUGUAAGAAAAUACCCUCAGCUCAUAUUUGUGUUUUCUGUAACUUAGCAGUUGCUUAUCUUUGUUUGAUGCUUCUAUCAAAAUGUCUAAUCUUUUCUGAAAAUUCUUCAAUAAAUUGCAAUCAUUCUAAAAA